GUACUCCCCGGGGUGUACGUUGGGAACUUCAGAGAUAGUAAGGACCCUAACCAACUGAAGACGCAUAACAUUACCCAUAUUCUGUCCAUUCACGACAACGCCCGUAAACUACCUUGUAACUCUGACAAAGAGUACCUAUGUAUACUGGCCUCCGACUCACCUGGGCAGAACCUGAUGCAAUAUUUCCCAGUUUGUAAUGACUUCAUACACACGGCUAGACUCAAGGGAGGAGGCGUACUCAUCCACUGUUUGGCCGGUAUGUCUAGGUCCGUCACAGUAGCCGUUGUCUACGUGAUGUGCGUGACGUCUUUGAGUUGGAGGGACGCUCUGAAGGCUGUGAGAGGCGCCCGUAACGUGGCUAAUCCUAAUGUAGGGUUCCUGAAACAGCUGCAGGAUUUUGAAAAUGAUAGGAUGGCUGAGGAACGACGGAGGCUUCGGGCUAAGUACCCUGACGUGACCUUGGAAGAGGAAGACGAACAAAUGGCUAAACAGCUCUUGGCCUCAUACUACCACUCAUUGAGCGUCGGGGAAAUGUGUGACGGUAACUGUCCUCCUGGGGUUACCUGUCCACGAGGCCUCUGUCAUCCUGCUAGAAGGGUCGGUCUCUUCAGGAGGAACUCUCGGGAGAACUCUGGAAGCAGGUCUUCAAGUCCUUCUCGACGUUCCUCUAGUCCCUCCCCUUCCACCACUAGUCCUGGCACCUCCCCGGUCUCCCCCCGCCGCAGCUGCACCACCCCACUUUCCCCCUUAACCCGUAGGAGCUCCCGCAGUAGUUCACCCCAGCUUACCCCACCCCAGCAGCCAUCACCCCAGAGGGAGAAUGGAAGGCGUAGUACAUCACCCCUCAGGUCACCCAAGCGAGGUGCCUCACCCACCAGUCCUCAGCGGGGGACCUCACCCGUCAGAUCACCCCUUAACUCACCCGUCUCCGCCCCCCCGAGAUAUCCCUACUCCUCUCUGUUCGUCAAACACUCCUACACCUCCCCACCAGGUACCCCUAGACGUAGUGCCUCUCCAGUGCCCUCUCCAGUGCCCUCCCCAGGCCUUAAUUCCUCUCCGUUUUCCUCCCCAAUACGGUCCCUCUCCGCCCCUAACUCCCCGCAGAGGUCGGUGAGGAAGUCCCCCCUCUCCCCUCGAAAUAUCUUCAGGCAGUGUUCCCUGUGGCAGUACUCCUCCUCCAGAAGGGCCUCCUCCUCCUCCUCCCUCCUGCUGGUGGAUAAUAACAGAGACUCCCAGCACAACGAGAAGGACCCCGCCGAUAAGAGGGACCCCGCCGAUAAGAGGGACCCCGCCACCCACGAUGAGAGGACCAACAACACUCCUCCAAAGGCUAGAAACACGCCACUGGCUCACAACCACAGCCCCACUCAUCUCUCUAUCAGCCCCACUCACCUCUCCACCAGCCCCACUCACCUCUCCACCAGCCCCACUCACCUGACCAAACAACCAUCACCAUCUCAACAGUUACAAAGACAAGCCUCUCUGCCCACUCAUCCUUGCCACCCUAGCAUUCUGGGGUCUUACCUACAGAUCUACAGACAGUCAUCCCUGCCAGAGGAAGACCCUGAAGAGUGUCUACAGAAGUCUACAGUGACUACAUCAGACCAACAACUCUACAGGUGGAUUACCCGCCCAUCACACCCACCACCGCCCCUCAUUUGCCCUUACGAUGCGUUAUUUAGACAAGCUUCACUACAGGAAUCGAGAUACAAGACUAAACCACUAAAUAACAGAGGUGUGAUUGGUGGACCAGUUAAUAACAGAGGUGUGAUUGGUGGACCAGUUAAUAACAGAGAUGUGAUUGGUGGACCAGUUAAUAACAGAGAUGUGAUUGGUGGACCAGUUAAUAACAGAGAUGUGAUUGGUGGAUAUUUCGACUGUCACUCCCCAGGUGGUGAUAAGUCCGGGUUACCAAGUCAGUCCCCAGGUGAGAACAGAUCCAAGUCCCCAGGUGAGAACAGAUCCAAGUCCCCAGGUGAGAACAGAUCCAAGUCCCCAGGUGAGAACAGAUCCAAGUCCCCAGGUGAGAACAGAUCCAAGUCCCCAGGUGAGAACAGAUCCAAGUCCCCAGGUGAGAACAGAUCCAGGUGUAGACCAAUCAACCGACAGACGUCCACACAGGAAGGGUCGUCCAGCCCUGAACAUCCUCCUCCACCCCUGGCUGUACCGGAGUCACCCUCAGACACACAGCACGAGCGGUCUCCUCCUCCACCACCUCCCCCUCCACCACCUCCCCCUCCACCACCUCCUCCUCGGGCACAGAAACACACUCCACCACAACCAACCCCUCCGCCAUUACCUCCCAAUAAACCCAAAUAUACAACCUCAACCUCGACCACCCGUCAAGUGACACCACCAAACACUCUGCCUCACACCAAGGCCGAGUCAACCAUAGGUCAUCAAGGUCGAAGGUCAUUCAGCAGGUCACAGUCCCUGGUCACACCUGAAGUACCUGUUAGAAGUCUUCCAGGGUCACCACUGAGGCAGGACCACAACCCAGGGUCCCCAGUGAGGCAGGACCACAGGGCAGGGUCACCACUGAGGCAGGACCACAGGGCAGGGUCACCACUGAGGCAGGUCCUUAGAUCAGAGUCGCCCUUGAAGGACAACAGCAGACCAGGAUCACCCUUGAGGAAAAAUCAUCCCCCAGGGCCCCCCCUGAAGCAGGACCACAGGGCAGGGUCCCCCUUAAAGAAAGAUCAUUCUCCAGGGUCACCCUUGAAACAGGUCCAUAGACCAGGGUCUCCACUCACACAAGACCAACGGCCAGGGUCCCCCUUGAAGAGAGAUCAUCCUCCGGGGUCCCCCUUAAAGCAGGACCACAAACCAGGGUCCCCCUUGAAGAAGGAUCAUCCACCAGGGUCACCCUUAAGCCACGACCAAAGUCCAAGGUGGAGGAAUGAACACAAGGCUCACUUAAGGACCCAUCAUAAACCAGAGGCUUCCUCCAAGAAGGAGUCCCAGCCAGGGUCCUCCUCCGAGGACUCCCAGCCAGGGUCCUCCUCCGAGGACUCCCAGCCAGGGUCCUCCUCCAAGAAGGAGUCCCAGCCAGGGUCCUCCUCCAAGGACUCCCAGCCAGGGUCCUCCUCCAAGAUGGAGUCCCAGCCAGGGUCUCCUCCAAGAUGGAGUCCCAGCCAGGGUCCUCCUCCAGAUGGAGUCCCAGCCAGGAGGUCCCAGCCGGGGUCCUCCUCCCAGAAGGAAUCCCAGCCAGGGUCCUCCUCCAAGAAGGAGUCCCAGCCAGGGUCCUCCUCCAAGAAGGAGUCCCAGCCCGGGUCCUCCUCCAAGAAGGAGUCCCAGCCCGGGUCCUCCUCCAAGAAGGAGUCCCAGCCCGGGUCCUCCUCCAAGAAGGAGUCCCAGCCCGGGUCCUCCUCCAAGAAGGACUCCCAGCCCGGGUCCUCCUCCAAGAAGGACUCCCAGCCAGGGUCCUCCUCCAAGAAGGACUCCCGGCCAGGGUCCUCCUCCAAGAAGGACUCCCGGCCAGGGUCCUCCUCCAAGAAGGACUCCCGGCCAGGGUCCUCCUCCAAGAAGGAGUCCAGGCCAGGGUCCUCCUCCAAGAAGGAGUCCAGGCCAGGGUCUUCCUCCAAGAAGGACUCCCAGCCAGGGUCUUCCUCCAAGAAGGACUCCCAUUCAAAGUCCUCCUCCAAGAAGGUACACACUCAAGGGUCCUCAAGCACCGACUGCAGGACCUCAAGCACUAGUUACAAGAGGUCAAGUAUCUGUGACAGCAACAUUCUGACUGAACCAAUUGACGAUCAAGUCAUAACCACUCGACCACCUCCUUGUCCCCCGAGAGGUGCCCCUCCUGCCCUCCCUCAACGCCCUUCAACGCUUCCUGCCCUUCCUCAACGUCCUCCAACGCCUCUUGCCCUUCCUCAACGCCCUUCAACGCCUCUUGCCCUUCCUCAACGCCCUUCAACGCCUCCUGCCCUCCCUCAACGCCCCUCAACGCUUCCUGCCCUUCAUCAACGUCCUCAACGCCUCUUGCCCUUCUCAACGCCCUUCAGCACUUCUUGCCGCUUCCUCAACGCCCUUCAACGCCUUUACAACGAAACAGCGAACAGUCAGACAGUCGCUCCAGCUCAACAGCCAGACAGUCAAGCAGUCAACGCCAGCUCAACAGACAGUCAGACCAUCAACUCCAGCUCAACAGACAGUCAGACCGUCAACGACAUCUCAACAGACAGUCAAGCAGUCAACGCCAGCUCAACAGACGGUCAGACCAUCAACUCCAGCUCAACAGACAGUCAAACAGUCAACUCCAGCGCCAGCAGGCUGUUGAUUGCGCAGUCAGCCGACUCCGGCAGGGCAGUCCAAGCGGUCAACGCCAGCUCAACAGACAGUCAAGCAGUCAAUGCCAGCUCAACAGACAGUUACGCAGUCAACGCCAGCUCAACAGACAGUCAAGCAGUCAAUGCCAGCUCAACAGACAGUUACGCAGUCAACGCCAGCUCAACAGACAGUCAAGCAGUCAACGCCAGCUCAACAGACAGUCAGACCAUCAACGCCAAUUCAACGGCAGCCCAGAUCAAGCACAGCCCUCAGCCCUCAGCCCUCUCAUGGUAG